GCGAAGAUAAACAUUCGUGUGCUUUCUAGCUGAGAGGGAGGGACAGCUCUAACUAUAACAGCAAAGAGAGGGAAGGAGAAGCAGCGACAGUGGGCAAUAACAACGUACCCAUAAAUAAAGGGUUGCAUUGAACCUGUCGAUAACCAAUUCUGAGGCGACUUUACUGAAGCACGAGAGGAAGAGGCGCAAGGAGACAGCUCCACCAGAAAACCACAGCGGAAGCAUCCCAACCACAACUUUACAAAGGAAUAACAAUGCGCUUCUGACAUGUCUCCUCCUUUACUGAGCAUGAAUGGGGCGAUGUACUUUCCAGGAGAAAUUGAGAUCCCUGAACCGCUGAGAAGUUUACGGAACGCCUGACUUUAUGGAAUGAGAUGUUAUAUUUUUUUAGAACAACAUCCAAUUGUAUUCUGUUGCUAAAGUGAUGAGCGUCUCUCACGCCAAUUUUUGCUAUUAUGGAUUUAAAGUGUUAAACAUUUUCCAACUAUUUACUGUUUGUUUCGAAACUUGCAUGUGACAGGACGUUGCCCAUGGAUAAUUUUGUUAAAGCAUUCCUUUUCUGAGUUUGAUUCGGAACCGAGCGAGAUACCGCCCAUACUUGUGUGAAUAAUUCAUGAAAUUGAACUUGGCUGCUUGUGAAGACAAAAGUUACGACAAUAGGCUGUAAGGGAGGGGGAAUAACAAUUUAAAGUGGUCAAGGGGAUGGCCACUGCGGCUUCCAACCCCUAUCUAGCCAGCAAUAGUAUUUUGUCGUCAGGCUCGAUUAUUCACUCAGAGUCGUUAGGCAGUGGUAUGCAGCCGGGCAGUAUUGCAGUUACCUCAGUGUCUGGCGGAUACCGAGGGGACCCGAAGAUGGUGCAGAGCGACUUUAUGCAGGGUGCCAUGGCGUCUAGUAACGGUGGACACAUGCUCAGUCAUGCCCACCAGUGGGUGACAUCGCUGCCUCACGCCGCCGCGGCUGCAGCAGCAGCCGCCGUGGCAGCUGCAGAGGCCGCUUCGCCCUGGUCAUCCAGCCCCGUCGGAAUGGCGGGCAGUCCCCAGCAGCAAGAUGUCAAAAACAAUUCAAGCAGAGAGGACUUGCAUAGCAGCGGCGCGUUGCACCACAGACCAUCUCACCUGGGAGCUCACCAGACGCACCAAGGGGCGUGGGGUGGCAGUAGUGCCGCUCACAUUCAAACCAUCACCGGAGGACAACAGCCAUCCCAGCAGUCUCUUAUUUAUUCUCAGCCAGGGGGAUUCACUGUCAACGGCAUGCUAAACGCACCGGGGAGUUUGGUCCACCCAAGUUUGGUGCGAGGGGACACUCCAGAGAUGGAACAUGGCAACCACCACCAUCACCACCACCACCAGCACGCCCACCACCAUCACCAACAGCACCACAGCGGGGUGAGCAGCCACGACUCCCACUCGGACGAAGACACACCGACCUCUGAUGAUUUGGAACAAUUUGCCAAGCAGUUCAAACAACGCCGUAUUAAAUUGGGGUUUACGCAAGCUGAUGUCGGCUUAGCGCUUGGCACUCUUUAUGGGAACGUCUUCUCUCAGACCACAAUAUGUCGGUUUGAGGCGUUGCAGCUGAGUUUCAAAAACAUGUGCAAGCUGAAGCCGCUGCUAAACAAGUGGCUUGAGGAGGCCGACUCUACAACCGGUAGUCCUACUAGUAUUGACAAAAUCGCAGCACAGGGCAGGAAACGGAAGAAGCGCACAUCUAUUGAAGUUAGUGUUAAAGGGGCCCUGGAAAGUCACUUUCUUAAGUGCCCCAAACCCGCCGCCCAGGAGAUAACCUCUCUGGCAGACAACCUACAGCUGGAGAAAGAGGUGGUCAGGGUCUGGUUUUGCAACCGGAGGCAGAAAGAGAAGAGGAUGACGCCUCCUGGAGUGCCCCAAACACCGGAGGACGUUUACUCUCAGGUCGGCAACGGGACUUUUUUAAUAGAUUACUUAAAAGAUGCAAGUUUGAACGAUGAACGCGACGACCAGAGGGUGACAGCGACACACUCUCUCCGUCAGAUGUUGUUACAGGACCACACAGGAAUACAGCAGCUAGACAGAUAUGUGGGCUUUAGAGAGGAAGCCAAAGAAGUACCCAGCUGGAACCAGACAAGAUGCCAUCAACAUAUGAUUCCCUUGAGAGAUUGAGUCAACCCUCAACACAAAACUGUCUACAUAAAAGUAUCCGUCACGUCUGCCACACACCAGCU